UGCCGUAGUGCUGUAGGCUAUCAGUCCCAGCAGCAGCAGCAGCAGCAGAGCUAACCUGCUGACGGUCCUGAGUGAGUGACAGCUGGGAAGCCUCCGCCCAGUCAGAGCCGCUACAGCCGGGCUGCCUGCCUGCCGACAGCCCCCACCCGCUACCAGGAGCCGCAGGAAUGACCGACAAUAUCCCCCUACAGCCGGUGAGACGGCCGAAAAGACACGACAGUAAACACAGAAAUGGGUGCUGCCCGUGGUCGAGAUGCUGUGGCAUGGGUGACUUCCGUCCCCGCACCGUGUGGCUCGGCCACCCAGAAAAGAGGGAGCAGAGGUACCCGAGGAAUGUCAUUAACAACCAGAAGUACAACUUCUUCACCUUCCUGCCUAUGGUGCUGUUCAAUCAGUUCAAGUACUUCUUCAACUUGUACUUCUUGCUCUUGGCCUGCUCUCAAUUUAUCAAGGAGCUGCGCUUAGGUGCUCUCUACACCUACUGGGUCCCUCUGGGUCUUGUUUUGGCCAUCACCAUCAUGAGGGAGGCAGUCGAAGAAAUAAGAUGCUACAUCCGAGACAAAGAAAUGAACUCUCAGAUUUACAGCAAGCUCUCAACAAGAGGCACGGUGAAGGUUAAAAGCAGCGGUAUUCAGGUCGGAGAUCUUAUAAUCGUGGAAAAGAACCAGCGUGUUCCUGCUGACAUGAUCUUUUUAAGGACCUCUGAAAGAAAUGGCUCCUGUUUCCUGCGGACUGACCAGCUGGAUGGAGAGACGGACUGGAAACUACGCCUCCCAGUGGCCUGCACGCAGAGACUGCCGACUGCUGCCGACCUUCUACAAAUCAGAUCAUAUGUGUACGCAGAAGAACCAAACAUUGAUAUCCAUAACUUUGUUGGAACUUUCACCAGGGAAGAUGGAGAUCCCCCAGUUAAUGAAAGUCUCAGCAUUGAGAACACCCUGUGGGCCAGCACCGUUGUUGCCUCCGGCACAGUGGUGGGGGUUGUGAUUUACACAGGCAAGGAGCUGCGCAGUGUCAUGAACACCUCCAACCCAAGGCACAAGGUGGGUUUGUUUGACUUGGAGGUGAACUGUUUGACUAAGAUCCUGUUUGUGGCCCUCGUGGUGGUAUCUCUGGUCAUGGUGGCCCUCCAGCACUUUGCUGGCCGUUGGUACCUCCAGAUCUUUCGCUUCCUGCUGCUCUUCUCUAACAUAGUGCCCAUUAGUUUGCGAGUCAAUCUGGACAUGGGUAAGAUGGUGUUCAGCUGGAUGAUUAAGAAAGACUCCAAGAUCCCCGGGACGAUGGUGAGGGCGAGCACCAUACCUGAACAGCUUGGACGCAUCUCCUACCUGCUGACUGACAAAACAGGGACUCUGACUCAGAAUGAAAUGGUGUUCAGGCGCCUCCAUCUUGGAACUGUGGCGUAUGGGAUGGACUCGAUGGAUGAAGUGCAGAGCCAUGUGUUCAGCGCCUACACACAGCCCACCCAUGACCUUCCGGCCUCCAGGGCCCCGGCAGCCACCAAGGUCCGCAAGACCAUCAGCAGCAGAGUCCAUGAGGCUGUGAAGGCCAUCGCCCUGGUGCACAACGUGACACCCGUAUACGAGGCCAACGGCGUGACGGACCAGGCCGAGGCUGAGCAGCACUAUGAAGACACAUGCCGAGUCUAUCAGGCUUCCAGCCCCGAUGAGGUGUCGCUGGUGCAGUGGACUGAGAGUGUCGGUCUGACGCUGGUGGGAAGAGACCAGUCCUCCAUUCAGCUGCGGACCCCUACUGGCCAAAUCCUGAACUUCACCAUCCUGCAGAUUUUCCCCUUCACCUAUGAGAGCAAGAGGAUGGGCAUCAUAGUGCGAGAUGAGUCUACAGGAGAGAUCACGUUCUACAUGAAGGGUGCUGACGUGGUGAUGGCAGGCAUCGUCCAGUAUAACGACUGGCUGGAAGAGGAGUGCGGGAACAUGGCGAGGGAAGGCCUGAGGGUCCUUGUGGUCUCAAAGAAAUCCCUGACAGAGGAGCAGUAUCAAGAUUUUGAGGCACGGUACGUCCAGGCCAAGCUCAGCGUUCAUGACCGCUCUCUGAAGGUGGCCACAGUGAUUGAGAGUCUGGAGAUGGAGAUGGAGCUGUUGUGUCUUACUGGGGUGGAGGAUCAGCUCCAGACUGACGUGAGGCCCACCCUGGAGAUCCUCCGCAACGCAGGCAUCAAGGUUUGGAUGCUGACAGGAGACAAGCUUGAAACGGCCACAUGCACUGCGAAGAACGCCCAUCUGAUCACCCGCAACCAGGACAUCCAUAUCUUCAGACCUGUGACGACACGAGGGGAAGCCCACCUGGAGCUCAACGCUUUCAGGAGAAAACACGACUGCGCUCUGGUGAUAUCGGGGGACUCGCUUGAGGUUUGUCUGAAAUACUACGAGUACGAGUUCAUGGAACUGGCAUGCCAGUGUCCCGCUGUGGUUUGCUGCCGGUGUACCCCCACCCAGAAGGCUCAGAUAGUUCGGCUGCUGCAAGAGCGCACAGGAAAACUCACCUGUGCUGUAGGGGACGGAGGAAACGAUGUCAGCAUGAUCCAGGAAGCCGACUGUGGCGUGGGAGUGGAGGGAAAAGAAGGAAAGCAGGCCUCGCUGGCUGCCGACUUCUCUGUGACUCAGUUCCAACAUUUAGGCCGACUCCUCAUGGUCCACGGUCGGAACAGCUACAAAAGGUCUGCAGCUCUCAGCCAGUUCGUCAUCCACAGGAGCCUGUGCAUAAGCGCCAUGCAGGCGGUCUUCUCCUCUGUUUUCUACUUUGCUUCAGUCCCACUCUACCAAGGAUUCCUGACUAUUGGCUACUCCACUGUCUACACCAUGUUCCCCGUCUUCUCCCUGGUGUUGGACAAAGAUGUCAAGUCUGAGGUCGCCAUGUUAUACCCUGAGUUAUACAAAGAUCUGUUAAAGGGUCGACCACUGUCUUUCAAGACAUUUCUAAUAUGGGUUCUAAUAAGUAUCUAUCAAGGGAGCAUCAUCAUGUAUGGGGCACUGCUUCUCUUCGAGUCAGAGUUCGUCCACAUCGUUGCCAUUUCCUUCACCUCUCUCAUCCUGACCGAGCUGCUGAUGGUGGCCUUGACCAUUCAGACGUGGCACUGGCUCAUGAUAGUCGGCGAGCUCCUGAGCUUGGCCUGCUACGUCGCCUCGCUCGUCUUCCUGCAUGAGUUCAUAGAUGUCUACUUCAUCGCCACAGUAUCGUUCUUGUGGAAGGUGACCGUCAUCACUCUGGUGAGCUGUCUGCCUCUUUACAUCCUCAAGUACCUACGCAGACGCUUCUCGCCGCCCAGCUACUCCAAGCUGACCUCUUAAAGACUGAGAGGAGCCUCCGGCCUCAUUUGCUGUGGGGAAAAUAGAAAGGUGUCCCUGUUUUCACCCAGCAGAGCCUGCGCUUAGACCAGAGAAUCAAACAUGGAUUCAUCCCCUUUAAUUUGUUCUGAAAAGUUCCACUCGGGAGCGUCAGGGACGGGUAGAUUUGUCAGGGACAGGUUGUUUACUGAGACGUUGUGUUUAAAAGCAGUGUUACUUGCUACACGUGUUUGAUGCAAAGACUAACUGAUGAUUUCUCUACGUGGAGAACGCCUGCAGUGAGCUGUAGAUUAACCUGAGCUAUUUAUUAUCAGCUGUCCUCAGAGUUGUGAACAUUAAAGUGUCGUGGACAUAAAUGUAAAUAUGUAAUGUACAAACACGCAGCUGUUGAGCCUGUAUGUUAUAAGUUAAGGCACAAAAUCACUUCAGUAAAUUAUGCAGUUUGUUUUAUAAUGUCAGGAAUCACAUCAAGGAAAAGUCACUGGAAAAGUUGGAUGUGUCAUUUGGGCUGGAAACUAAUUUACACUCAUUUCCUGUUGCAUCUGAAAUAGCAAAACUGUUUUUAUUGUUAGACACUGAAAUUGACGUAGCAUUCUCACUCAGGACUUGAUUCACACUCUCCUCAAACAGUGCUUUCUAAAUGCAGUUUAAGAAUUAUAUGGUGAAAAAAAAAAAAGUUUACUGGCUAGACUUUGCAUAAAACACACGUCUGCAAGUUUGUGUAUUUGUUUAUGCGUCACCGCGAUGCUACAGCCCGGCACGGCGGAGGUGGUGCGGUUGUUUAUUUUAGCAUGACCUGUGGUGUCUGAUGUUAAAUCUGUCUUUGUCUCUGUGUACGGACCCUGAGUUGUUAGUGUUUGUGGAGCGCGGUCAAAACAGCCACAAAGGAGUUUUGGUUAUUUGCAGCCGAAACCUUCCGCCGGCGCUCCCGACAGGCUGUGUGUCCGCAGGGGAAUGCGCAGCCUCUCAUGUGGCUGCUUGGCAGGCCAGCACCGGCCACGCUUCAGCAUUGCAUGAUGACUCACUGUAACAGUGACCUAAAGCCAUAACUGAAAAUACCCCAGUGACCGGAGUCCAGCUGCCCCACUUUCAUGUCGUCUAACCCUGGGCCCCCGUCACUUCUCACGUCUACUAACCUCCACAGUUCAGCUGUGAAAGAAAAAAGGGAUCAAAUCACUUCUCCUCAGUCAGAUACAAUGUGAAUAUUGUCAAUAAGUAUUACUACUGCACACUGACGAUGCCAUACAGCUCAUGUCUCUUUUCACUGGUGGUGUGAUGGUGGAGAUUCUGUAAAUAAUCAGCCACUAACAGAAUAACAUCACUGCACUGUCACUUAUUGCAAAUUACUUCAAAAAACAGUUUCAGUUUUUAAAAAACUAACUUUUGUCAUGUGACUUGAUGAAGCUUAACGUGUCAAACUGAGCGUCCAGGCUGCCAUAACUUAUCAUUUCUCACAUACCUUCGACUAAACUUUUAAGCAAGUCGUUUGCACAUAAUUUUGUUUUGUACAACUGAUUAUUAUUAUAUUUUUAUGCUGUAAUAGAAACGCAAAACAUAAAUGAUGCUAAAAUUAUUUGGCUGCUUGUAAAUAACCUGUGUUGUUUUUUAUUUAUUAACAUGUUUUAUUUAAUGGUGGUGAUUGCACUCAGAUGAGCAGAACAAAAAGGGAGAUUUGUGUUGAUGUCAAUGUUGUGAUGAUGAUUAAUAAAAUCUCGUGUUUUCUUUU